GCGACAGGCGUGGUCCCCUGCAGGCGCGGCGCACGGAAGGACGUGCGCCCUUUCACGCCGUGGUCCCAGCUAUAUAUGGCUGCCCGCUGUCGCAUUCUGCACAGUUCACAGCUGGUACAGCCCCGAACAGCCCACCGUACAGCCAUGAAGGUCCUGGUCGUGAUGAGCGCCAUUCUGGCAGCGGCCGUCGCCGCCCCCAAGCCCGGCUACCUGGGCGCCGCCCACGGCGUCAUCGCCGCCGCCCCCGCCGCCCACGGCGUGCACCCCGGCUACGCCGCGUACGGCCCCGCCCCAGUGGCUGUGGGACCCGGCGGCUACCUGGCCGACACCCACGACGUGGCCGCCGCCAGGGCCGCCCACCUGACCGCCGUCGCCCAGACGCAGGCCCGCGACGCCCACAUCAACGGCGCCGCCGCCCACGCCGCCCUCGCCGCCCCCGCUCUGCUCGGAGCGCACGGACUGGCGUACGGACACGGCCUGGCUUACGGUCACGGUCUGGCUCAUGGACACGCUUAUCAUGGUUGAUGGGUUGCAAGGACACCAGCUGUUACGUUUUCACUUUGUACUAUUUAUAAAUAAAACUGAUGCCUGAGUA